AUGCUGUUGGACGUGAGGCUGGAAUCUGUUUUGACGUUCACCAAGAUUUCAGCAGAAGACAGUGGGCUUUAUUCCUGCAGGGAGCUCCAUCAUGGGUCAAUUGGGCAUUUAAUCAAUGUGCUGGUUUCAGAGUCAAACCAAGGAAAUCAAACUGAUGACACAAAUACAGAACUCAAAAAUGGUCAAAAUGAUGGAAGCGAAUCUGACGCAGAUACAAUGGGGAUCACCUCUCUGGCAUAUUUUGUCACUUUUCUCUGCACAGUACUCAUAUUAUUCACAAUUAUAGCCGUGGUCAUGCUGAGAACGUACGGAUGCAAAUGUAAACCAAGACAUCAACCAAACUCACAAGACGUGCAGCCAUCUCAAAAUAUACCCCCUCUGCCCAAAAGAAACCCCCCAGUGCUGUACCCGUCUUUACCUCUGGAUAAUGACAUUUCCAGUGCAUCGUUGGAACCGUCUCCAAACAACAUCAGGGACGUCCGGGACCAGGGUUUACAAGAGACGAGUGAAGAUCGACUUUCUGCUUUGUACUCAAAGAUUGACCGCACAAAGUCACAAAAACAGGUAGCCAACAGUGUGGUCAGUUAUGAAUUAGUUUAA